AUGCCCCAAGUUACUAAAUUUAAACGAGCCUGGCUUAGUCGACGAGAUGAUAAUGGAGAUGAAUUAAAUUUAUGGUUGAAGCAAGGCUCCAAAGAAACCACAUUCCAGUGUACUUUAUGCAAAACUAGCGAUCUAGAUUGUGCUAAUCAAGGAUAUAGUGCUAUUUAUCAACAUAUGAAUACAAAAAAUCAUAAGGCAAAUAAAAACAGCUUAAAAGAUAAUUCAUUGCUUGCUAUUCGAACAUUAAAACCUCAAACAGUAUCAAUUGCUAAUGAUAAUAAUUCCGGUAUAUUAGUAAUAGACAAUUCUCAAAAGUCAACAUUGUUACCGUUUAAUGAUCAAAUCACAAAAGCUGAAAUUGUAUGGGCUUUAACUGUAGCACGACGAGGUUUUACUUACAAUUCAUGCAAUGGUAUAGGCGAAGUUUUCAAAUCUAUGUUUCCGGAUUCUAAGAUUGCUCAACAAUUUAACAUGCAAUCGAAAAAAAUUUCUUAUGUUAUGUCACACGGCAUCGGUCCUUAUUUUCAUCGUGAAUUAGUCAAAAAAAUUAAAUCCAGGGAAAAAUUUGUACUAUGUAUUGAUGAACAAACUAAUAAUCAAAGUAAAAAACAAUUAGAUUUAUUAGUAAAGUUUUGGUCGAAUGAUGACGGCCUGGUCGUUACUCGUUAUUACAAAUCUAUUCUACUUGGACAUGCUCAAGCCAGCGUUCUGCAGUGCUAUUUGUGA